CUAGCCCUGGAGGAGUAGGCGGGGCAGGGGGGAGCCCUAUAAUUGGAGGAGUCUGGGAUCCCUGAGUCCUACUCAGCCAGAGCGGAGGCGAAGGACGUGCUUACCCAGGAGCUGAUUGACCUGCGCUAAAGAUGAAGGUUCUAUUUGCUGCGUUGGUAGUCACUCUCCUGGCAGGAUGCCAGGCCGAUGUGGAGGAGGAGAUGAAGCUAGGGCAGGAGCCAGCGGAGUGGCAGCCCAACCAGCCCUGGGAGCAGGCACUGGGCCGUUUCCGGGAUUACCUGCGCUGGGUGCAGACCCUGUCUGACAAGGUUCAAGAAGAGCUGCUCAGCACCAAGGUCACCGAGGAACUGUCGGUGCUGAUAGAGGAAACCAUGAAGGAGGUGAAGGCUUACAGGAAGGAGCUGGAGGAGCAGCUGGGCCCCUUGGCCCAGGAGACCCAGGAUCGGCUGAGCAAGGAACUGCAGGCAGCUCAGGCCCGGCUACAGUCCGAUAUGGAGGACGUGCGCACCCGCCUGGCGCAGUACCGCAGCGAGGCGCGGACGAUGCUUGGCCAGAGCGCCGACGACCUGCGGAGCCGUCUCUUCUCUCACCUGCGCAAGCUGCGCAAGCGGCUGCUCCGCGACGCAGAAGACCUGCAGAAGCGCCUGGCCAUGUAUCAAGCUGGGGCCCGCGAGGGCGCCGAGCGUGGGGUUGGCACCAUCCGCGAGCGCCUCCUGCCACUAAUGGAUCAGGGUCGCUUGCGGGCCAUCAGUAUCGGCCAGCCGCUGCGGGAGCGGGCUGAGGCCUGGCGCCAGCAGCUGCGUGGGCAGCUGGAGUCGUUGGGCACUCGGGCCCGCGACCGCCUGGACGACAUGCGUGAUCAGAUGGAAGAGUUGAAGGCCAAAGUGGAGGAACAGGCCGUCCAGAUACGCCUAGAGGCCGAGGCCUUCCAGGCCCGCCUCAAGAACUGGUUCCAGCCCCUGGUGGAAAACAUGCAGAGCCAGUGGGUGGGGCUGGUGGAGAAGAUGCAGUCCACUUUGGACACCAUCCCCACUCCUGCGCCCAGUGAGAACCACUGAGUGCCAGGCAUGUCAACUGGUGGGCCCCGCUCCUGCCACCCUGUGCCUACUGCCUCCCCCAGCCUGCAGGAGGCCCUGUACCGACCCCACUGUCCCCCUGGUGGGUCCUGACUUAAUAAAGAUUCAGCAAGCUUCACAGCA